AUGUCCACUCCCACUCCACUCGCAUCUUUUCUUGGUGGUUUUGGCCUUGCUCUUCCGGUACACUCGCUAUUAGUCUUGAACGGAAGUGUAUUCGGGAUAUCCGGCUUCGUACACCGUGCAGUGCGCGGAAACAAGGAGGGGCUAAUAGCAACUGCCGGAUUAAUCAUUGGAGGAAUAAUUAUUGGCACGAUUGAAGGACGAGGACCAGAAACAAGUUUUUCGCCUUUGCCGAGUUUAUUACUCUCUGGAUUCUUAGUUGGACUGGGAACGAAGUUAUCGAAUGGAUGCACGUCUGGACAUAUGCUUGCAGGACUGUCGCGUUUUUCAAAACGGUCUAUUGCUGCUACUGCGACUUUCUUCUGUACCGCGGUAGCUACAACCAAAUUGCAACAUAGUCCAACAAUUAUACCCGCUAAUCCGCCCGACUACAACAUGAAUACUGCAGACAAAACCUUGCUUAUCGCUCAAACUGUCCCUCUAAUAGCUUCUGCUUUACUGUAUGCUUAUGUUCGUCUUCGCUUACACGCGGCAGAUCUUUGUGCUCAUAUAUGCACAGGCGUCAAUCAUGAGUCUUUAUCUGUCGUCCGUCUUGUAGCUCUCCUGUCUACUGCUGUCGAUUUUGCUCUGGCAUUGCGAUUGUCCAACCUUACUGACCCGAAGAAAGUGACAGCUUUCCUACUUUUACCUUUUCACCCAGCUUUCGACCCUUCACUGGCAUUUCUUGCCAUCGGAGCCAUACCAAUAGGUGCAGCUCUGUAUCACUUUUUCCGUGGACCAGAAAAACCGGUUUUGGGAGGUCCAUGGGCUAUACCCAAGUCUGGGAAUGUCGAUACGAAACUCUUGCUAGGAUCUGUUUUGUUUGGUAUCGGCUGGGGAGCAUCUGGACUUUGUCCUGGGCCGGUUGUUAUUAAUUUGGGACGCGCGUUGGCAACUGGAAGCCAACUCACUAGUUGGCUCUCCUGGUCGCUUUCUUUUAUCGCGGGCGGCCUUUGUGUCAAUUGAGUGUUCGCACCAUUGGCUUAACUUUAUGUUUUAUGUAUGAUUCAUGCGAAAGUGGUUGGAAAUUGGACCAUGUCAGUGUAUUGUGUAGCUUACUGUACAACAGCUGUACAAUAAAUUUCUAGACAUCAGCUAUGUAGUGUUCAUUACACUGGACCAAAUUAAUUGACGAACGAUAAUGAUACAUAACAAAGUUAACAUAAAACAUACAAAAAACAUACGUACGUACAAUGAAGUCCUUACGAUACAACUGCAAGUGACGAAGUGACAACAGCUGGGGGUUUUGAAGCCUUGGACCGUCCCCAUUUGACAGCCACCCGCUCUCCAUCAAUCUCGAGCCCGUUGGCCCAGGCUCCCGCAGCACAUUCGCAAGUAUUUCUCUCCUUGAAAUUAAUAAAGGCGCAU